UUUUUUUUACUUUUUUCCUUUUAUUUUCGUUUCGGAUUGGGUUUUUUUUCUUCUUCCAUAUUAUUCGAUGUGAACUUUAUCGAUUUUUUUUAUAUAUAUAAACAAAAAGGUGGUGAGAUUAAGGAAAGAUUUAUAAUUUUUUUCGAAAAAUUAGAGAAUUUACCUGCAUAUCAUUUCGUAUCAUUAUAUCGUUUAUUUUGAUACUAAUAAAAGAAGAGUGGACGAGGUUACGUAAGGGAGCUGAAAAUGGUUUUGAUUUUGAUCCUUAUAGCCACCUGUGAUAAGGGAGGCUUUUGCUUGUGAUUCGGUUGAAAUUUCUCAAUGGGAAAAUUCUUCAGAAGAUAUUGAGUGAAAGAAGUGAAUAAAGGACAACGGAGAAUCAAAACAAAAUUAAGAAAGGAAGAGAAACAUCAUAAAAGGAAGAAAUAGAUGUAAGGAAUAAGAAGAGGAAAGAUAUAUAUGUGUGAAAUAGAUAAAGAUAUAGAAAUGUGAAUUGUUAAAACCGAAAUAGAGUAAUUUUUUUUAUUAUGGGUUUGAUUACCAGAUGAAGUAUUAGAUAAAAGGAUGUAAAGAAACGAAUAGUGCAAAGAAGAAAUAAAAAACGUUUAUAUAUGGAACUAUAUUUGUGUGAAAAUAUCAGGUGAUAAUUGAAGAUUAAGAAAGGGAGAUUUUUGUGAAGAAAAGUUGAAAUUUGAAGCUUUGAAAGUGGCUGCUUUGUGGGAAAAAAAGAGAAAAAGUGACGUUUUUAUACAGAAAUAAUAAUAAUAAUAAUAGUAAAUAAGAAAUAGGAUGCUCCCAAACCACCUGAAAAUAAUACGUGAGAGAAAAUCAAGUCAUAUACGAAGCUAAAAAAAAAAAUACAUACCAGUUACCCCUCUCGACCCUCUCCCCCUUUCUCUCGCUGAAAUAAAAAAAGAGAGAGAAAAAAAAAUCAAAUCAAAGAUCGAAGGAAGAAUAAAAGAGAGAGGGAGAGAGAGAGAGAGCGAAAGAAAAAGUGGAUAGUGAAAGAGUUGGUGAAGUUGUACUAGUGUUUAUUUUGGUGGAGUGAAGGUUGGGACCGCGGGCCAAAAAUACUCUCAAGAAAGACCAGGACCUGCAGACGACAACCCACUGCAAGAUUACAGACGGGGUUACUACAUGUCUUGUAAGGUCAGGAGAGGUCAAACUGUAGGAUUUAGGCAGAGGAUAUCGUUGGAGAGUUCCGUCGCGUAUGCUUUCAAGAAUAAAUUUCAGGUGAUGGUCUUCGGCGGCGUCUUAAGAAAAUGAGAAUCUGCGAAGGUGUUUGUUGAUUCACCGGAGAAGAAAGAGGUCGUGGGCGGAGCCUAGGGAGCCGGUGGGCGGAGCGUAGGGAGCCGGCGGGCGGGCGGCGCUCGGCCCGAACGUUUCUCUCGCUCGGCAGUCUGUCACGAACCUACGCACGGAGAGGGUGUGCCGCGUGCGAUCCUGAAGCAGCAUCACACGCUCCCUUUUUUUAAAGCUCUCCUUUUUUUUUCCUCCUCUCCCCCCUCCCCCCCUUCCCCCUCUCCACUGUUGACUCCUGCGGUUCUCCUCGACGUAACCCCCAAACAUCGCCUACGAUACGCAGGAUACAAGAAAUACAAUACGUGGUGUAUUGUUGUAUCGAAAAAGCAUUCCACGACGCAGGUUCUACACUAACACACAGCCAUGCGGUGGCUCGCACAUCCCGUGGCCAUCGCACUGGCCGGGGUCGUCUUGGCGAUGUGUUUCAUUGAGACCUCGGCCAACGCGGUGUUCGAACUCCGCCUGAAGAAGUUCUCAAACCGCUUCGGCAAGGACACCGAAGGACACUGUUGCAGCGGCUAUCGUAACUCGCAAGGACACUGCACGGGUACUUGCAAGACGAAAUUUCGCGUGUGUCUCAAAGUUUACCAAGAAGUCAUAGACCCUGAGUCGCCAUGCACUUUUGGUGAGGCCGAGACUCCGGUCUUGGGCGACAACGAAGUGGAUUUCUCCAAAGUGGAUUUGCAAGGAUUCCGCAAUCCCGUGCCCUUUGAGCUCGCUUCGUGGCAGGGAACCUUUUCGCUCAUCAUAGAAGCAUGGCAUGAAGAACCCAACACAACCGCUACAUAUGUUGAACCGGCCCUGAUCACCCGCCUGAUGAUCCAGCGCUGGCUCGACCUCGGGGACGAGUGGACGAGCGACGACCACCGCACCUCGCACUCGUCGCUCUCCUACGAGUUCCGCGUCACGUGCCAGGAGAACUACUACGGCGAGGGCUGCCGGAAGUGGUGCCGCCCGAGGAACGACUCCUUCGGCCGCUACGUGUGCGACGACCAGGGCGAGUUCGUGUGCCUGGACGGAUGGCAAGGCCCCGAGAACUACUGCCUCAAACCCAUCUGUAACUCCGGUUGCCACGAGUCCACCGGCUACUGCGACCAGCCCGGCGAGUGCAAGUGCCACAACGGGUGGAAGGGCCCGGACUGUGACAAAUGCCAGGUGUACCCCGGCUGCCUCCACGGCACUUGCGACAAGCCGUGGCAGUGCAACUGCGACGAGGGCUGGGGCGGCCUCUUCUGCAACCAGGACCUCAACUUCUGCACCAACCACCAGCCCUGCAAAAAUGGCGCCACCUGCUUCAACACGGCCCCGGGCUCGUACUCGUGCAAGUGCCCCCCGGGCUUCUCGGGCACCAUCUGCGAGAUCAUCAACGACACGUGCGCCAACACGCCGUGCCGCAACGGGGGCACGUGCCUGGACACGGGCGACGACCAGUUCGUGUGCCAGUGCCCCUCGGGCUUCACCGGCCAGUACUGCGAGAUUUCCGGGCAGUCGUGCGCUGACCGGCCGUGCCUCAACGGCGCCACCUGCUCCGACACGGCCACCGGCUACCAGUGCCACUGCCGCGCCGGCUACGAGGGCACCAGCUGCGAGCGCGCCGUCAACGAGUGCGCGUCCGACCCCUGCUUGAACGGCGGCUCGUGCGUGGACGAGCACGACAGCUUCCAGUGUGUGUGCCCCGUCGGCUACACGGGCGACCGCUGCGAGACCAACGUGGACGACUGCGCGCACCGGCCGUGCCUCAACGGCGGCACCUGCAUCGAUGGCCUCGACUCGUUCACGUGCCGCUGCAUCCCCGGUUUCCUUGGCACUCUGUGCCAGACCAACGUGGACGACUGCAGCAUGCAGCCCUGCGCCAACGGCGGCACCUGCGUGGACGGCGUCAACGACUUCUCGUGUGAGUGUCGGCCCGGGUGGGGCGGCCGCCAGUGCACGACGCGCGUGCCCGUGCCGGUGUCUCCGUGCGCGUCGGCGCCGUGCCACAACGGCGGCUACUGCGUGGAGGCCCCCGAGCUGGCCGUGGGCUUCCAGUGCACGUGCCCGAGCGGGCUGGGCGGCCCCUUCUGCACGGUGGUGACCAAACCGGCGCCGCAGGUGGACGUGGACGCCUCGCCCAUGUCGGCGGCGCAGGUGGUGCUGGUGGUGACCUUCAGCGUGGCCGUGCCCGUGCUGGCCGUGGUGUCGGCGCUGGCCAUCGUGUGCAUGAAGCGACGCAGGAGGCGCGAGCGCGCGCGCCAGGAUGAGGAGGCACGGCGCCAGAACGAGCAGAACAUGGUGCACAAUGCGGUCAACGCCGCCAACAACAAGUGCCUGGAGGACCACAUGAUCAUCAACUCGCUCGACUACCCCGCCAAGCCGCUCAACACGCAGCACCACGCGCUGCCGCACCUGCAGGGCGGCCACCACCUGCACAUGCACGAGCCCGACGCCAAGAAGGCCGUCGAGAACACGUACAGCAUCGUGCCGGCGAGGAGCACCAAGACCAUCAACACCGACAUGUCGCGUCUCUCUCUCGCCGACUGCCUCGAGAAGGGCCUCGACGCCCCCGCCCACGCCCCUGCCUGCCGCGGGACGCCCACCUCGGAGCUCAACGCGCCCUGCAAGGUGCUCCCCGAACCCCCCCUCCCGCGAGUCCACAGCCACAGCGAUGUGUACAGCAAGCGCAACAGCCUCAUCGGCAGCGGAGGCGGUGGAGGCGGCGGUGGAGUCGGCGGCGGCGGCGGCAGCUGUGACAUCCACACCUCCACCAACACGUUAACCUCCACCUGUACGCCUUCCACCUGUACCACGCCGUCAAGUGUGUUCGUUAUAGAAGAACAUUAUGACGAUGAGAAUUACAUUGCCACGGAGGUCUAGUGAUUCGUUGAAAUAAUUACGUUUUUUUCUUCGAACUCUACGGUGUUUGUAGAAAAGAGAAGAACGAAAAAAAAAAAAUUGAAGAGAAGAGAAUGAUUUAAGAGAGAAAACAAUUGACUCUUCGUGUGAUUCUUCUUCGUCUUCGUAAGUGUUAAAAAAAAAGUGAGCAGAAAAAAAAGCAAAGAAAAUUUUGCCCCCGAAAAAAAAUAAAACUUUUUUUGCUAGUGACGCCAAAAAGAGAAACCAAGACUUCUAUUACAAUUGAUAGUAUUAUUAAUUAUUAUUAUUAUUUUGUUGUUGUUUUCGCCUUCCAAAGGUGGGCGGAGCUUGUGAAAGAGAAGAACGCAAAGAACGUCCCUUCGCGACGCCUCGUGUGGAGCGCAAGGGAGUCACGGCCCGCGGAAGCACCAGAAAGAAAGAAAGAAAAACGAAAACAAACAAACUGAAAUGUUGAAGUGAUGUUUUCACUUCUCUUUAGUCCCAAGCACAUCCAAAGAUGUUUUAAUUUAGGAGCUAUCAUUACUAUUUACUAUUACUACUUCUACUCUAGUUAUUGCUAUUUCUUCUCCUUAUUUUUCGCCGUCUUUCUCUCUCUCUAUCUUUCUUUUUUUGCAAAUGUGUUAUUUUAUUUAUUGUUAAAAAUAAAUCGAUUUUUUUUCUCUCUCACACUCUCUCUUUUUUUAAUUAUAUAUAAAUAUAUAUAUGUACACUGUAACUUGUAUCUUGUGGUAUGUGGUACAAAAAAAUUGUGUUUAUAUUGUAGUGCCUUCCAUGUGAACAGUGGAAAAGAACAGUGAACAAAUGAACAAAGAAGCAUCGUUGUUGUUUAAAGGAGCAAGCACAGUGGCAAAGGGGAGGAGUUUUGUGUAUUUUGUGCAAGUGAAGACGAGGACCUAAUCAAGCAAACAAGCAGACAGUUCCAAGCAAGUUUAAAACAAAACAAGGAGGCGGUAACACUAAACAAAGAUUUUUUUUUUGUUUGUGCUCACGCGACUGUUUGUUUGUUUGUUGUUUUGUUUUAGCAGAUAGUGAAUAGCGAAGAUGUCCACACCGCAAAAAAAUAAUGAUUGUGAUGAGGAGAGACGGUGAUGACGUCAUGACCGUGAUGGUGACAUGAUAGUGAUGAUGGUGAAACUUGUGGUCCUUUUAUAUAUAUAUUUUUGUGGUCUGUGUAUGGAGGCUCAUUCAUCUCCCCCCCCCACCCCCUCCCCCUCUUCCUAUUUCAUCUCAGCGCCCCUCCCCCUCCCCCCUUCCCCCCACCCUUUGUUUGCCGAUUACCCCCUUUGUCGCUGUGUUGAGGUUUAGUGUGGUAUAGUGUGCUGUAUAGUGAGAGAUACGAACGCUUGUGUCAAAUCCACGAAGAUAUAGUGAGAUGAGAGAGAGAGAGAGAGAAGAGGGCGAGGGUGAGAAAGACGGGAGAGGAGAGAGAGCGAGAGACAGAAAGAGAGAUAGAGAGAGAGAGAGAUGGGAGAUUUAGUGGAAGGAAAAAAAAAUCUUUUCACUUUUUUUUUCUCUCUCUUUCUUUCCUUUCCUUCUAUCACUCACUCUCAUUUACAUCUCUCCUUUCUUUCUCUCUCUCUUCCCCCUCUCUCCCCUCCCCUCCCUCCCCCAUUUCCUCCCCCCCACACAGAUCGAUCUCAGAGUGAUGUUGUGUAGAUGUGCCCUUCCCCCUCCCCCCCCUUCUCUUCCUCCUCUCCUCCUCCUCUUCCCCCAUUCCUCAUUCCCUUAUUCUUAUUUGUUAUCAGUGAUAUUCUCUGUUCUCGCGCAUUUCAAAUGUUAAUUUAUUAUUCAGAAAAAAAAAAAUGUUGAAAUUGCCUCUAAAAGGAAACUUUGCACGGGCAUUAUACUAAUUCCCGAAUUAGUAUAAUGGAAGGAAGUAAAAAAAAAAAAGAUUACAAGAGUGCUAAUGUUGUUUCGUAUAUAUGAAAGAUAUAUAAGAAAGGUUUCAAGAGUAUCAAAGUGGAUUUAAACCUGAAGAAUAUUUUUUUUUCAACUCUUUUGUAAGCUUCCAUCCAUAUUUUUUUUUUUGCACUUAUGUAUAUUUUUUUUCUUUUUUUUUCAUUUACCAGCAAAAUCACACAAGAAUGUUUUGCCAAAGCUUCUUGGGUAUCUCUCUCUCUCUCUCUCUCUCUCUCUCUCUCUCUCUCUCUCUCUCUCUCUCUCUCUCUCUCUCUCUCUCUCUCUCUCUCUCUCUCUCUCUCUCUCUCUCUCUCCCAUCUCCUCUCCUUUUUUUCUUUCUUUCUUUCUUUCUCUCAGAUUAACCCACCGAAGCACAACCAGUAUAUAAGUAUAGGUAUUUAUAAGUAUUUGCUGGUGAUUGAAGAGAUAAAAAAAAAGGAAAAGUAGAAGAAAAAAAAACAGAUGAUAACGAGAGAACAUAGGGAAACCAUUAGAUAAAAUAUUGUGCUUCCCCCCCUUCUCCCUCCCUUCUCUUCUCCCUCCCUCCUCCUCCCCCCCCCCCUCCCCCUGGCAUGUUCCUUGUUAGCUGAUAGUUCCUCGAAAGGAGUGAACUAAUUCCUAAGUCAUCCAAUAUAUCUUUCUCUUAGUCAAGAAUGUUUGUCUGUUAUUAUUAUUAUCAUUAUUAUUAUCAUUAUUAUUAUUAAUUAUUAUUUUUUUCCUCAUUUUCCCCUUUAUUUCCAUUCUGUGCAUAUUAGUUUCAUUUUCUCCUAUGUGAAGAAGUGUGAUGUUUUUUUUUUUUUUUUUUUUUUUUGGUAUUUUUGUGUAUGUACAUAUAUAGAUAUAUAUGUGUGUGUUUUAUAUAUACAGUAUAUAUAUAUGUUUAUAUGUAUACUUUUAUUGACAAGCUAAUGCCUUCAAUAUGAAGUUGUUGUCAGUAAGACCCAUUUUCUUUCUCUCUUUAAAAAAAAAAUUGUCUAUAUAUACAUCGGUCGAUUUAUUUCGUCCGGUGGAAAUUUUGAGAAUAUUAAUGAUUUGUAUAUUUCAAAUUUUCGUUUUUCCAAAAAAAAAAUAUGACCCAAAGGCAUUUAUUUUAUUUAUUUGUUGUAUUUUCAUUGUUUUUUUUUAUUUAAGAGUUCUUUCUCAUCUUUCAUGUUUGUGCAAAAAAAAUAUAUAAUGAUAAUAACGUAGAGGAGUUUAGAAGCUUAGCAAAGUUUGUCUUAAAUAUGUUUGUGAUGUUCGAAUUGAUGUUUUUUGUAAGCUGAAGUAAACAAAACAAAAAAAAAUGUCAAACCAAAAAAAAAAGUUAAAGCCGAUAAGAAAAAUCUAUGUUCGUUGUUUCUUUUUUUUAUUAGAAAAAAAGAGAAAGAGAGAGAGAAAAAUAAUACACUUGGUCACAGUGGGGAUUAUGUAUCAAUAAUUAUGUACGGAGGAUGUGUACGCUGUACUUUGUACAUUGUACGCUUAGAGAGUAUUUAAAAAAUUGUAAAUAUGAUGUAUAUCUGAUGUGUAUAUAAAUCGUGUCCUGGAGGGAAUAAAGUAAAAACCUAUUUUUUCAAAA